AUGCAGCCUUUCUACCAGCUUUUCAGCUUGUUUCAGGUCAGGGGAAUGAUAAAAUUUGCCAUUUCUCUUGUGACCAAUAGCAUUUCAGCCUUUUUUAAUGUGUAUUUGGAGCUUAUCUUGCAGCCACCUACCUCUGAAAACCAUUUUCUUUGGCCUGUGUUUAGGUUAUUUUUCCCUCCUCUAUUCUUAACUUCAUUUUGUGUUUCAGAACCCCUUGUAUCUUUUUUUUUUAAGUUCAACAUAAAUCACAUUUUUUAUAAAGAGACUCUUUAUUUUCUUCCCGACUUUCUGGGAUGUAUCAAUUCCUGA